AGCAGGCAGUCUUUCACUCUCGGGCCUGCAUGUCCGCAUCCUGCAUGAAAGACACGCCCCACCGCCACGUAUUUAAGCAGUUGUUCUCCUGGCGAGGGCAGCAGUGAGACCUGUGCUAAAGGAGCAUCAUGUCUUUUCUCAGGGUUGUCGCCCUCAUCGCCCUCGUGGCCGCUGCCUCUGCCCACCCUGAUUCCGGUGGACAUGGUGGUCAUGCCGCCCCCGUCCACGCCCAUGAAGCUCCCGCUCAAGCCCCUCCUGCUGGUGGCUACGGCUACACUCCUCCUCCUCCCCCACCAGCGAAACCCGAGUACUCCUUCGACUGGGCGGUGAAGGACGACUACGCCGCCCUUGACUUCGGCCAGCACGAGACUCGCGAUGGUUACAACACCGAUGGUAGCUACUACGUGUUGCUGCCCGACGGCCGCGUGCAGAAGGUCACCUACACUGUCCACGGGGACGGCGGCUACGUGGCCACCGUAGAAUAUGAGGGCGAGGCUAAGCACGAUGCUUACGGCAAGCCCCCGGCCCCCGUCUACACUCAUCCCCCUGCCUACGAACCUCCGCCCACACCUGUCUACGGCCGCACCUAACCUGUACCAAGAACUACCCAGACAACGUCACUCUGCCCUCUAAUCUGCAUUUACUUCUUUUCUCGAAAGGCCUCUAUUUAUGUACCUGUAUAACAAGAAAUGAUGUUAAGUAUUAUUUUCCA